UAAACGAUAGUUUUCCGUUGCUUUUAGAACCGUUACACGAGAAUUCCCCCUUAAAGACAGAAAACCAGACUGUACAAACGCGUAGAGGUCUAUCUAUUAAACCAGUCAUAAAAUUUAGACCGCUGAAAUAUUUAUUACUCAUUUUACUAAAUAAAUAACUAAUGUGAAGUUGAUUAUACGGAGUUACUAUCGGAUACAAAUACUAACAAAAAAGUGACCAUACGUAACUUCCAUUUCGGGAAAUCUUUUUGCGAAAGCAACUAUACUCAACAUUAACAUAUCAUUUACAAUUAAUUACAAAUGUGUUGUGCAGUGUUUUCGUAGAAUUUGUUCGGAAAGAGAUUUAAUACGUUCACUACGUUGAGAUUCACACUGAUAAGAUCAGGAAAGUGUCAAAUGUUUGCCGUAAUUAAGGGGUUAAACAAGGAUUCGUGUCUGAUCGAAAUAUCGAACAAAUUAGUUAAUACUUUCGUUAGUACAAAAUAUGUGACCUCGGAGUUUCGUUGCACUUGCGAUUCGAGUUCCGUUGAUUAUUAUACAGGUUGCACUCGGGAGAAGUUGUCGAAUUGACACCAACGAGCAUCUGCCAUGCUCUUGAUAUCGAACGCGAGUAGCGCGGCGCUGUGUGCCGCGACGUCUAUAUAAAUUCGCGGCGUCGGCGGGCGCGCUCAGUAUGUGUCAUGUCUUCUGAGUGCGGAUGUCGUCCGUGAUGGCGGUUUUGGUGCGGUUGAAGAUGCAAUGCGGCACCGUCGUAUUGCCGCUAAUCGUAAUAAUCGCGGUGUGUGGCACGGAACCUGCAUGCGGGAUGUUCGAGCUUCGUCACUGCAGUCACCGAUAUCCCCGGGCACACGAGGUUAUUCAUGGUGUUCAUAUAGAAUCAGCGCACGAAGUAAAAAAACGUAGCAUCAAUCAGCCCCUUCGGAUCCUUCUGUCGUACGACGAAAGCGUCUACAGACUGGACGAUGAAAAACUGGAUCUCAUUAAUAACACCAUUCUGCCUGAAGCUGUACAUUUUUGGGAACGAGCACUCAUGGUCCGUGAAACAAAAAACACUAUUAGACUGAACAGGAAAUGCGAAAGUAGUCAAGUCUUCGUAAAAGAUCACCACACACACUGUAUAGAUAGCUGUCGACCUACCACAAUGUGUGGUGAAGUUGUCGUCCCCGAAGAUCACCUUGACGUUUGUCGAACGUGUAACGCGACGGGACACAAUUGUGGAAUAGCAGAAGGAAGCAGGGCAGGUCGUGGAAUAGACGGUGCCGAUUUUGUCUUCUAUGUGUCCGCAAUGCAAACUCAAAGGUGCCAUAAAGGAUUAACUGUAGCCUAUGCUGCGCAUUGCCAACAGGAAGCAACAUUAGACCGGCCAAUAGCUGGCCACGCCAAUCUGUGCCCAGGAAGUAUCAGCACGAAACCACAAGAACUGGAAACCCUGUUAAGCACCGUUAAACACGAAAUAUUGCACGCAUUAGGGUUUUCUGUGAGCCUGUACGCCUUCUAUCGGGAUGAAAAUGGCGAACCCAGAACUCCCAGACGAACUGAUACGGGGAAACCAACAUUGAACGAGAAGUUUCAAACACACGAGUGGAGCGAAAACACGAUUAAAACUGUAGUUAGACCAUAUUGGCAAGUACACGGCGGAUACGUGGAAAGACAGAUGCAAAUGAUAGUCACGCCAAAAGUUCGCGUGGAAGUUCAAAAUCAUUUCAAUUGUCCGGACCUAGAAGGCGCAGAGUUGGAAGAUCAAGGAGAAGAUGGCACAGCUCUAACGCACUGGGAGAAACGAGUGUUCGAAAAUGAAGCGAUGACAGGGACACAUACUCAAAACCCCGUCUAUUCGAGAAUAACACUUGCUCUGAUGGAAGACACUGGGUGGUACAGUGCAAACUACUCGAUGGCCCAAGAAUUAGGAUGGGGUAGAAAUCUUGGUUGCCCUUUUGCGAUGAAAUCUUGCAAAGAAUGGAUAUCUUCCAAGUCAUCUCGUCUGACAGGAAAAUCCAUUCAUCCGUUUUGCAAUAAAGUGAAGCAGGAUCCGUUACAGACUGAAUGUACCGACGAUCGAAGUUCGGUAGCGUUGUGCAAUUUGAUUAAACAUCCACAGCCAUUGCCUAAGAAAUAUCAGAACUUCGACUCGAUUCCUCACGUGCCGUCUGGAGAAGAACAAUACUAUGGUGGCUCAGUAUCUCUGGCAGAUUACUGUCCCUACAUACAAGAAUUCACGUGGAGAGCUCGGAAUAUAGUAGUUAGAGGUUCUCAUUGUCUUUACGAAGAAAAUAAUCCUCAUCCAGAUAAAAAUUUUGCAUUAGAAAAGUAUGGUCCACACUCGAGAUGCUUCGAUCAUACGAAUCAAAUGUGGGAGGAAAAGACCUGCAAACAAGCUCGACAGUGGCAACAUUGGGGCUCUGGUUGUUAUCAAUACAUAUGCGAAGCUGGAAGAUUGCAUAUCGUGGUGGCAAAUUACACGUAUACUUGUUAUCACGCUGGCCAAGAAAUUGCCGUUAGGAUACUGCAAAAUGGCUGGCUCCAUAAAGGCGCUCUGACUUGCCCUCCUUGUCGAGAUAUUUGUCAGGCUGAACUAAAAGAAAAGCGGGAACAUUGUAAACCAGGCGACGAACACCCACCCGCGACAUAUUAUCACAGAGACAAUCUCCAUUGCGCGUCCGCAGGGACGCUCACAAAUCUGUCAACGUUUAUCGUCUUGAUAUAUUUUUCUAUUCUCAGAUGAUAUGUCGUAAAGAUUAGGUAAUAUUUUUAUGAACGUGAAAGUUAGAUCAAUGAUAUACCUUGAGAAUGUCGGCCGAGAGCGGAUUUAACGACAUGAAAGCAUAUCUGGAACCAAAAGUAGUUUCCUUCGAUCAAUUUCGAGAACUACAAUAGCAACUUUAUUUUAAUAUUUCAUCCGGAAUUACGGUAUCCUAACGAUUUUUAGUAAUUUUAGCGGUAACGUAUAUAACAUAGAUUAACACUUUUACGAUCGUACACGAAAGUACAGUGAAACGUAUUGUGUUUUGCGUAUUGUAAUUAUACCGUGUAAAUUAUCUAAUGAUUUCAUGUAGCCUCACAGUAACGAAUACAUUCCUACUUUUUUUACACGUUUCGUUGUGGUUAUGACCACCUCCGCCGGAGGUAGUACUAUAUAUUAUGUACACAAUGUACUAUGACGAAUAAUUUUGUUGGGUCGCGAAUCAUGCCCUUCCAUUUUUACAAUAGCAUUUCGACGUUUACGUUAACGCUACAAGCGAUUUACGGUAAUAGUUUUACCGUUUCGUUAAUGUAAACGGGAUAUUACUGAUUGUUCUGAUUGGCUGUGUUUGGGCUUCUUGCAGUAGUAUAUAAGACGCGACAUUGUACAUACAACAGAUAAUACUGUUGAAUGAGAAAGGGACGACCAUACAACAAUCAACAACGGAAAGAAAAAGAGCUCCACAGCGGUGCAAUACAUUGCAUAACCACGCUCAACAAAUUUAAUUUUAUCAAUUGUUAAUAAAUCCAAUUUAACGCCAGUUACGAAUACACGAGUACGAGUGAUUCUUAGAUUUAUAAAAUUGUACGAGUGCUAACAUUAUCCGCAACCGACACACCUAGAUCUUCCGUGUAAUUAUGUCAUACGUACACACAGACACAAUACUCUGAAAGUCAUUAACCACAUUUUAAUUAUCUAUAAGUAACAUUACCUCCUCCCUAAACGAAAUACUCGUUUAUGUAUUUAUUCAGUAAUGUUGUUAAUUCGUUGAAGUAUUUUACAAAUACUUUUUAUAUAAAUGUACAUACUUAGUUCACGUGAUGUAAUCACUUUUUAUCAUUUGUACGAGGAAAGUCACUUUGCUCGAGAAAUUUUAAUUUAAGAAGUAACAGAGUAUUAUAGUUAUCGAACUUUUCGUCGUUAAUAGGGGUGGGUCAUUCGAAAAUUGUCGAAGCUCUUAUUUAUUCGUAUAAUUCGAAACUCUCCAAACUUAAGGAAAUAGUAAUUUACGUAAAUUUUAAUUUUUGCAUAAACAUUCGUUUAUUUUACAAAUAUUAAUUAUGGCAUACGGUGGGCAUCAUAGUUGAUAAAAAAAGAAGUCUAGGCUCGAAAAGAACUCGUAUGCUAAUAUUUUUAAACGAGAAUUUUGAUUAGAUAAUUUUAUAAGUAAAUACUAAAAUUUGAUCCUUUAUUUUUAUUAUUUUCUGAAAGUGUUCACAUUUAUUGUUUUCUAAUUUUCUACUUCAGCCUUUUUUAUACUUGUUACGUUAAAUGAUUUUCUGUAAAAACAAUUUGUUAUGAAUUUAACCAUGCUUACAAUAAAAUGGAUAGUUUCUAAAAAUAUGAGAAAAAAUUAAGUAUUUAGAUCUACAUUUCCUGAAAAUUUAGAGUUUCAAGAGCUUCGAGAAAUUGGAAAUUAGGUUUCGACCCGCCUCUGAUCAUUAAUGAACCGGAAGUUUCGAUAAUAACAUAACUAUUUAAAUUAUAAUUGAUACUCAAAUUAUUCAAGCUGUAAUUCAUAGUCUGUAAAGUUCAAAUGUAUAUAGAUUACAAAGUAUACAUUAUAAGCAGCAUUUUUAUUUUGUUUUUAAAGGACAUGUUUUUAUUUUUACGAUGUAAACGAAAUAUAUGCAAGUAAGUUGCAGAUGGAGUAUAGAUUGUAUGGAACAUUAACCACCAAUUUCUCACCCGUUUGCAGACUAUUUAUUAUUUAAUUAAUUGUAAUUAAAACUGUACAAAACCAAUACCACGAACUUGAUUAAUAAUGUAUUUUUAUCAAAUUGCGUAACAGAACGUGAGAACAGUUUCGAAACACC